UCUUGCUUCUUGGUUCCCAAGGAGUGUUGUCAGUUUUGGGAUUGUUUGUUGAUGGUAAGUCGGGAUAUUGAUAAUGAUUGUUAGGAAUUUUUUGGUUGGAAACUUUGCUGAGGAAAACUUGCUGGUGGAGAGUGAGGAGGAUGAAAAGGAGUAGACUGGUGGUAAGGAUUAAAGGGGAAGAAGGGUCGGUUAUAUGGGAUCUGAGAAUUUGGAAAAUUCUUUCUUGGUUUGUAUGGAUUCUUAAAAUAUGCAUGCUUCAGGCUCUGAGCAAAACGCUUGACUCCAACAUCAUUGAAAUGUUUCUUGUCUUUCAGGGGGUAUUUGGAGUUGAUGUUGGGGUGUCUGACAAAGGUGAUGUUUUUCUUUGUAGAUAAUGAUUUCUCCAAACUAUUGUUGAAGGUCAUUCCCCUCUUGUCUAAUUCAUCACUUCUUGGGAGAAUGGAUGAAAAAAUUAUGUGGGAUUCUGGGUGCUUAGUUUGGAUAAGUUCCACGUUGUUGGUUGCAUUCUUUAUGAGUGUCUCAUUUGUAUCUGAGUGUUCUAAGUCAUUUGUUCCAGUGUGGAUAAUGAAGGAUUUAGGUGAGGUAUAUGUAGUACUGUUUAUUAUUGAUUUUGCCUGUGCAAGGAUGGCACAUCGAGUAUAGCUUGUUUUGCUGUUGGGACAUAAUAAUUAAGGGUUUAGAUGUCGGCCAUUACUAUUGCAAAUUAAUAUUGUAUCAGCUUCAUUCCUUGUGUUGUUUUGGCCCGAUGUAACAGAUUGCUGUUUUGAGGGGGAUUUGUGUGUAGGUUCUUCAAUGAUGGAUUCAUCUGAGAGGGACAGGAAUUUGUUUGAAGUGGGGACAUCAGUAUCCGAUGCAGGGGAGUUGAUUUGAUUGGUACAUCAUCAUUAAUUCGGCUUUGAUACUCUCGUUUAAUGCUGCCAGUUUACCUAUUAACAUUGAGUUUUUCUCUUCAAUGGCUUAGAUAAUGUUUAUUUUUAAAAUUCCUUUGCCAAUGAACUCGUAAGAUGGGUUGUUUUGUAUAUCAGAUAAAGAUCGGAUGCUCAUGUUUUAACUAGUACUUAACGUUUUUCUCUAAUAUAUAUCCGUAGUUCAAAUUAUAUUUCCUUGACUAGAUUCUUGUUACGGUUGUUCGUAACAGUGGGUUUUAUAUUAAGAUAUCUUAUGGAUAUUCAGAAUUCUGUAAAACCUCCCCCAACAUCAGGGCCAUAUGUUAGAUUAUGGACUAUUAUGGUCUUCCCCUUGAAGUAAAGUUUUUAAUUACUUUUACUAUAACAUACAGAGGAAAUCGCGCUUUUGACACUCCUGACUGUCUCCGAUCUUUUCAAAGCUCGCUACAUACCGCUCAUUUACAUAUAGGAUAUACUGUACCAGUAUUAAAACCUGUUUUUAUUCUUUUUGGUUUACGUGUAGGUUGAAUCAAAUACAAAUGAAAAAGAUACUGUCACAAUUCAAACGGGAAGAGACAAAUUGCUUAAAAAGAGUGCAAUCUAUCAGACAGGUAACCAAGAUAGCAUGACUAAAUACCAGCUGUCUAUUAACAAUGCAGCUUAUCAAUUAUGCUUGGAAGACCCCAGUCUGUUGCAUAACAGAGGACAACUUACAAUCUUGCAAGGAAGAAAAUAG